UUCUCCCUCUCUGUGAAGUUUUGGUCGUGUUUUCUCCAUCCUAAAGUUUUCUCUCUUUUUUUGGUGCAGGUCCAGCAUUACUGGUCCAAGUGAGUCUUCAGGUGAAGAAGCAGAGGAGAUGAAGCUCCGCCCCCUGUCCAGUCCCCCAGCCUGUGGGUUCUGGGGCAGCUGCCUCCCCAAAAUCCCCUUCUUCUGCUUCGAGACCCGAAUCCUGGAGACGCAGAGAGAAAAGGAACAUCUCCGCCAGCUUCAGAGAGAGAGCAGAGAGAUGGAGAGAGAGCUCGAAGAGAUGAAGAGGGAGAUGAGGAGGCUGAACAAGGAGAAGUGGAAGCUGGAGGAGAGGAGGAGGAGGCAGCGGGAGACGGAGAGACAGGAAGAGAAAAGAGAAAGAGCUCAGCAGAAGAAGUGGAUGGAGCGCGUGAGGGUCAGCCAGGAAGAGAGGCGGGAGCUGGAGACGCUCCGAGAGCUGGAGAAACAUCUGCAGCUGAGCGAGCCGAGAGCUCUGGAGAGAGAGAGAGAGAGCAGAUAUGCUAAAAAGAUGGACGCUCUGCAGCAGUCCUGGACAGGAGCUGGACAGAAAGGCCUGCUUCCCUUCCAUUUCCACACGGAGAUGCAGAGCAACGUGCAGAAGAAGGCGAUGGAGCUCCGGAUUGAGGAUGUUCAGGUGAUGAUGAGAACCGGAGAUGUUCAGAAAGAGAGAAAGACCACAAGCUUGGAAGAGAUGGUGAGAAGGAACGCCGCUAAGAUUCUCCAGUUCAAAGAGCAAGAGGAGGAGCUGGAACGGGAGUUGGAGAACAUGAGAAGGAAAGCAUUCCGGACAGCUCAGAGAGAUGUGGACAGAAUGGAUGCGGAAAGAGAAAGCUUGCUCCUCCUUCAGAGAAUCCAGAAAGAGAGACAGAUGGAAGAUCUGAGAUGGAGAGAGAGAAAGGAGGAACUGGAGAGAGAGCUGGAGGAGCUGGAGCAGAGAAUGGCCUCCAUGGAGAGCAGCAGCGAGGAGGAGUGGCUUCCAGAGCUUGUAGUGAAGCGAGGGAUGGAGAGAAAGACAGAAAUGGAGCUUGAGAAGAUGGAGAGACUGUCACAGGAAGAACGACAGGGAAUGGAGAGAGAGAAACAGAAAGAGCUCGAGAGACAGCAGGAGGAACGACGGAGGCAGGUGGAAGAGCGUCUGAGAGAGAUGGAGAGAAGGAUGAUGGAGGAAAGAGAAUCAGCUAAGAGAAGAGAGGAGAAGUGGAGAGAAAAGAUGAAGAAGCAGGAGGAAGAAUGGGAUCGAAGGUGUCUGGAGAUGGAGAGAACCAGAGAGGAUGAAAUGAGAGAAUUGAGAGAGGAGGAGAGAAAGACGCAAGGAAAACUGAUGGACAAACAGCAGAACAUGGAAAGAGAGCUGGAGGAGAAACAAGAAGAGGUGGAGAGAGAGAAAAGGAAGAUGGACGAAAGGGAGAGAGAAACAAACAGAAGGCUGGAAGAGGAGAGGGAGGCGUCCAUCAAGAGAAAGGAGAUGGAACAGAAAGAACUGGAACUGAAGAAGCAGAGGGAGAAACGACAGAAAGAGAUGGAGAGAGAGCUGGAGGAAAGAAAGAAAGAGAUGGAGAGAGAGCUGCAGAAAAGAAAGAACGAGAUGGAGAGGGAGAGAGAGAUGAUUCAGAAAAAGAGGAUGCAGAAGGAAGAACAUCAGAGAGAUGUGGAGAGAAGGCUGGAGGAAAGAAGGAAGGAUAGCACCCUCAGAGAGAAAGUGAAAGCGAUGAUGAGAAAAAUAAAGACAGUAAGAAAGACGGAAGCAAAGAAAGAAAAGCACUCUAAUAUAGAGAUGGUGUUUGAGGUGGAAAAAGAGAGAAAAACGACCGAGGUGGACGAAAUGAAGAAGAAGAGAUGGAGAGAAGGGAAGGAAAGACGAGAGACAGAAGAGAAGAAGCCAAGAGAGGAACAUCUGGACCAGGAACCUGUGCAGCAGAGAGAGGAAGAUCUGCUCCAGGAACCUGUGAAGCAGAGAUAUGAAGAUCUGCUCCAGGAACCUGUGCAGCAGAGAGAAGAAGAUCUGCUCCAGGAACCUGUGAAGCUGAAAUAUGAAGAUCUGCUCCAGGAACCUCUGAAGAAGAUAGAAAAAGAUCUGCUCCAGGAACCUGUGCAGCAGAGAUAUGAAGAUCUGCUCCAGGAACCUAUGAAGCUGAAAUAUGAAGAUCUGUUCCAGGAACCUCGCACUGUCGCCACACGCUUUCCGCUCACCGCGGGACACAAAGACGCAGGCGAACUGGCACCGGCUGCCUCCGCGGCCUCUAACUCCUCCGUGUUUUCUGUGCCCAGUUAUUUCACCCUGGCCUCCGUCCAGACUCGUGUCCUUUCUGGCUUAAGUGAUAUUACAUCUGGCUGUGAGGGUGGAGAAACCUCUCUUAAUCAGCCUGAUAGCCAUCUGUUUAUGACCCACACUGAGGUCCCAGAGGUUCUAAAAGCCUCAUUAAAGCCCGCACAGAAUGACUCAGACUUAGGAGGCCAGGGGGACCCUAUUUAUAUCAUCAAAGACAGAGAGAAUCUGGCGCUGAGAAAGAAAGUCUUGUCCAGGCACGUGUCCCCCACCCUCUCAGCUGGAGACCCAGAAACUCCGGAGAACAACCAGCAGACACAAAGGGAAUCUGUUACGUGA